GGAGCUAUCAAACCGCAGAUAACUCUAAAGCUUAUUAUUCCAGCAUCCCAGUGUGGAUCUAUUAUAGGAAAAGGGGGAACUAGAAUCAAGAAUAUCAGAGAAAAUACAGGCGCUACAAUACAGUCUCCUCCUAAGGGACCAACAAUCCCCUACAAAGCAGUUCAGUAUUCUGUUCCUCCGCCCUCCUCCGCCACCUCCGUAACCUCCCUUCAAGAAUCCUCCGCCACCUCCUCCUAUGCAAGCCCUCCACCCUGCAACCCCAUCCAUAUGGAGCCUAUGCCCUUGAUGUCCCCCUUGUUUUCCCCGACGCCCCUGAUGUCUCCUGGCUACCCUCUGGGCCCCUGUGUGAGGUAUACAGCUGUGCCCCUGAACCCAUCCAUGUUCCCACUGAUGCAUGGUGCCCCUGAACCUAAACCGAUAUACUGUCAGCAACCCCUAGAGUAUGGUAAGGGUAUGAUGCCUGCAGCCUACGCCCAAAUGAAUGGAAUUCCUGGAUUUGGACCUGGUAUCCUUUCUCCAGCAGCAUUGUCUGCCCUGGCGGGUACUGGGAACUGUAGAAACCAAGCCUUGGCUAGCUCCCACCAGACACACGAGAUGACUGUUCCUAAUGAGAUCAUUGGAUGCGUCAUUGGGAAGGGAGGUUCCAAGAUUGCAGAAAUCAGGCAACUAUCUGGAGCUAUGAUCCGUAUCUCCAACUGUGAGGAUAGAGAUGCGCCGGCCAACCUAGAUCGAACCAUCACUAUAUCAGGAAAUUGUGAAUCCGUGGCGCUUGCCCAGUAUUUAAUCAAUAUGAGAAUAUCUAUGGAGACAGCAGGUAUGGGGGGAUUAGCGGGAUUCCAGUACGUUUCACCUAAUGCAAUGAAGGCUCCUGUGCAUUGAUGCAGUUUAUCUAAUCUACAACAUCCAACAUUCCGUCUUUAAAAGACAAAUAAAAGAGAUUGAAAACUGGGCCUUGCCUUUCCUUUGGUAGGGUUCAAACUUGCAAUCCAAUAUACAUAUCAACACAAUUUAUAUAUUAUCAAGCUCUACCAACCAGUAAAUUAACAUAUCAAAUCAUAUAAUGGCUCUUUUAAAAAGAUUUAAAAAGUGACAAUAAUACAAAAUCAAAAUCUUUAUCAAAAUCUUUUUCUGCAAUAACAUUUUAUUCAUAAAAUUCUGGAUGUUUUUGCUGUACAGUAAAUGUUAACUAAAUUCUAACUCUUAUAAAACAUGGAGAUAUACAAGGCAAUGAAAGGUUGUGAUUUGGAGAUACAUGCUUAGCCAAAAAUGCACAUUUUAAAUAUUAUUAGAUUCUAGAUUGUAUAACAAUUAUUUAAAGCUCUACAUUGUUGUUUUAAACAUAUCAUCAAAACAUUUGAUUAUAAUUAAUAGACGUUUACCAAGGUCCCAUUUAGGUUUUAAUAAAAUAUGUUAUAUAAUGUUUAAAUGACUCAAAAUUAAUGAAAUUAAAUAUUCAGAAUAUGUCCUGAGUUGGGACAUUUUCUUAAGAAUCCAUUUUUGUGGUUUUGAUUAAAAGAGUAUUUAAGUGCCAAUAAAUUGAAAUGUGCCAAAUCAGAUAUUUACACCAAUGAAUUGGUUUCCAAUCGUGCCCGCGAACUUAAGCCUCAAAUUUGGCAAAUGAACCUUCUUGCCAAAAUUCAUUGAGUGUGCAGCAUUGUGCACUUCACUGAAACUGCGAGAAUGCCGCAAUUAAUUCUUAGAUGUAGUUUGUCUUGUCGUCUUCCUCAUUAACGAAUUUGUCUAGAUGUUAAUGUAAUUUUUUAAAUAUCUUCAUCAGUAUAACGCCAAUAUGCAUAUCAUAAACAUAUCAGAAUAUUUAGAAACUUUUGACACAUGAAAACUUAUUCGUGUUAUAACUUUGUGUAAUUAAUCUUAUUUUAGGUAGCAAUUAUAAUAAUUAAUUUAGAAAAAUAACUAAUAUAUAAAAUGUUGUAG